AUGUGGAACCGUGCGACAGCCGGCGACAGCAGCGCCUCGGCCAACGGCUCUGUGAACACCCGAAACAGCCUACGGCGUGGCGUGCGAUCCCUCAGCAGUCCCGCGCUAGACUCAGCAACAGCCCCCCCAUCGACCUUGUCGCGGCGCCGCCGUUCCAUCGACGAAGCUCGCGUGGCCGCAGCAUCAUGCGCCGCCACAGUUGGCGGCGCGGCGUCACGAGAAUCUUCCACGCAACUACCGCCGCAACCAAAGCCGUACUCACCGACUACCGCGUAUGACGUGGCGCGUCCCGCGGUUCACCGUGCAAGCUCAGACUCAUACCUUGCGAGAAACGCGGUUUUCGGGGCGGCGGUUUUUCCGCUUGAGCUUCCUCGUGUCGCGAGCACGAGCAAUGCAGCGGCUAGCUCGCCGCAGGGCUCGGCGCAGCGUCACGCCGCGCGGAUUGCGUCGCCGAUAAUCAGUCCCACAUCGUCUACUGAUAGUACUACUCCUAGAAGCGACGAGUGCCGACGCGACGACUCGUCAGACGAUCGGCUGCUGUCGGUGUUCACAUGGGCGACUCAACAACGCAUCGCUUCGCGCCGCCGAUUAUCGUCUAGCGGGCUCGACUCUCGGCUAUCCCGCCGCAAUCGGCGCUCGUAUGACGUGGCAGCUAGGAUGUCCGACGAGGACGCGCCUUCCGCUGACACCUCGACGGCCGCGACGACCGCGGCUGCCGCAACUCGCGCCGCGAGCGCCGGAGACGCCGCGAAUGGCGGCGACGCGAGCGUGGAAGUUCUAGGAAGCAACUCGCGGCGCGUGAGCGCGCGCGUCGUGGUUCCCGCGAGUGCUGACGUGGUGUGGGGCGUGCUGACAGACUAUGAGCGGCUCGCGGAUUUUAUCCCCUCCCUGGCGACCAAUCAGAUGCUGCAGCGCCGAAGCAACGGAGCCAGGCUGCUGCAGGUGGGCGAGCAGGACGUGGCGAUGGGCAUCAAGUUCCGGGCCAAGGUGGUGGUGGAUGUGGAGGAGGGGGAGGACGAGCGCUUGCCCCGUAGCAGCAGCAGCGAUGGCAGCAGCGGCAGCGGCGGCGGCAACAGCAGCAGCAGCAGCAGCAGCAGCAGUGGGGAGGAGAGUGAUGCUGGGAUUGGCGGGGUGGGUGGCAGCAUGAGGAGGCGCCGCAUUCACUUCAAGAUGGUGGAGGGCGACUUUCAAAAGUUUGUCGGCGUGUGGACUCUGGAGGAACAGCUGCCCAGCUCCUCCUCCGGCCCCACAACCCUCUCAUACUCGGUUGAGCUGACUCCACACUUCUGGCUGCCUGUGGCCUUAGUGGAAGGGCGGAUAUCGAAGGAGAUUAAAGCCAACCUAGCAGGGGUCAGACAGGAGGCUUACAGGAGGAUUCAAGUGGCAUUGUCGCAAGUUCUCCCGGCGAUAUUACCGCUACUACUGAUCCUGGUGAUAUACCAUUUCACGCAUGGCGCCGCCGCUUCGGCGCAAAAUGUACCUGUCACCGCCAAUUAUGUCGGUGGCGGCACAGGCGUGGCCACUAACGAGUCUCAGCCAUACGAGGACUGGAGCGGGAUGUCUUUAAUGGACCUGGAGGCCGCCGCCAAAGCCGCCGCAAGCGCCGCUGCGGAGGCCGAGUCCGCGUCAGCGCCAAACUCGUCUGCGGCCGGCGGGCGCGAUUCAGAGGAAGGGGAUGCCGAUGGCGGGUUGCGCCGGAGCCUCGCCGUCAGCUCCGCGCUAAGCCCACUCGCGUCCGCGUGGCACAGCCUCCUGAUCGCGCAAUACCUGAGUCGAACCACGGCGUGCGGCGCAACGCUAACGCGCGCGUGCCGCGCGCUGCAGAUGGCGGACAGCCUCGUGAAGUCGGGCAAGCCGGGGGAUGCCGUCGCGCAGACCAAGCUGGCGGGGUUGCUCGCACGCGCAUGCGCGGGGAGCGUCCCGGCGAACGCGGCGAAGCAAAUACGCCUCGCCCUACCGCAAAUAAACCUCGGGCAGAAUGCUCUUUUGGCUGGUGGGUCGAAAUCCGUCCGCCCCUCGAGUACGAGCGGGAAGCGAUCCAGCUCGUCCGGGAAAAGAACGACUUCGACUGGCAGGAAGAAGGGAGGGCACAAGUGGAAGGAUACGCCUGCCACGAAGAACCGUAAAAAGGGUGGGCAUAAGUACAAGGAUACCCCAGCCACGAGCAAACGCGUGAAGGGGGGGCACAAGUACAAGCGGGGCACGAGGAGACGCGGUUCGCGAAGGGGGCGACGCUCACGAAGCGGUUCGCGAAAGAGCGGAAGUUCUUCGAAGGCGCCUGCGAAGAAGGAUGGCGAUAUCGGCUGGUUGGGACACAACGACGUUGCGCAGGGGAUAAUGCAGUGGCUGCCGUAUGGUAACCCGAUCGACGACUGCUGGAUGGGUCCCAACUGGCAAGCGACCCCGACGAAAUUGGCGAGCUGCGUCGAGGGUUACGCGACGGGAACCACUGGCGGCGCGAACGGGCGCAUCUACCACGUGACGUCGAAUCAGGACGAUCGGAUCAACCCCAAGCCCGGCACACUGCGAUACGGCGCGACCCGGAAGGAGCCGCUGUGGAUUGUCUUCGAUGGCGAUUUCGACUUUACCGGGUUGGAGGCGGAAAUUAUCGUGUAUAACGACAAGACGGUGGACGCGCGCGGGCGAAAAGUGACGAUGGGUAACGGGCCGUGCAUGGCCAUCGAGUUUUCGCACAAUGUCAUCGUGCACGGCAUGGCGUUCAAGAACUGCAAGAACCGAGUAGGUGGUAUUUCGCUGACCACGGGCCCGGACAAUACAGUGAGCGGGCGGAAUUACCUUAACGGGUACGGGCUGUACAUCUACGCGUCGCACCACGUGUGGGUGGACCACUGCUCGUUCGACUACGCGGAUGACACCCACAUUGAUAUUGUCGCGGCCAGCACUGCCAUCACCGUCUCCAACUGCUACUUCACAAAUCAGGAUAAGGUCAUCUUGAUGGGGCAUGAUGACACGUACAGUGCUGACCGUAACAUGCGUGUAACUGUCAUGCUGAACAAGUUCGGCCCGAACCUGUCGGAGCGCCUGCCUCGGGGCAGGUUUGGGCAGUUCCAUGUGCUGAACAACUACUACCCAAAUGGGUGGGGUAUCUAUGCAAUUGGAGGCAGCGCCGACCCGACGUUUCUGAGCGAGGGGAACUAUUUUGUGGCGAAUGACAAGCCAUUCCUCAAGGAGGUAACGAAGCACAACAUAGCAGCAGGGCAGUCCACGUACAUGAGCUGGGACUGGCAGUCUGUAGGUGACCACUUUGAGAACGGGGCCUUCUUCACCAAGAGUGGGUCGUCGGGCUAUAAACCUUCUUACUCUUACAAAGCACUUAGUGCUCUAGAGGGGUAUGAUUGGCAUGGUGUAAGGCUUGUAGGAUGUUGCUGGAGUCUGGUUUUCGUCAUGGGAGCGACGAGGAAGCUACAAGGAGAGAUCGACCGAGUGCUUAAGAAGGUCCAAGAAGGGGUAGAAAUCUUCGACGGCAUAUGGAAUAAGGUGUACGACACGGAGAACCUGAAUCAGAAGGAGAAGUUCGAGGCGGACCUGAAGAAGGAGAUCAAGAAGCUGCAGCGGUACCGCGACCAGAUCAAGACAUGGAUCCAGUCCAGCGAAAUCAAAGACAAGAAGGCGCUGCUGGAUGCGAGGAAGCUGAUAGAACGAGAGAUGGAGCGGUUCAAAGUGUGCGAGAAAGAGACCAAAACGAAAGCCUUCAGUAAAGAGGGGCUCGGCCAGCAGCCGAAAACGGAUCCGAGGGAAAAGGCCAAGUCGGAGUCUCGUGACUGGUUGAAUCAGAUGGUGAGCGAAUUGGAGUCGCAGAUUGAUUCGUUCGAGAGCGAAAUGGAGGGGCUGCAAGUCAAGAGGGGCAAGCAGCGACCCCCACGGCUGAUGCAUCUAGAGGAGUCGAUCACGCGGCACAAGGCGCACAUCACGCGGCUGGAGAUGAUUCUGCGGCUGAUGGACAACGACGAGCUGAGCCCCGAGCAGGUCACGGACGUGAAAGACCUCGUGGAGGAUUAUGUUGAGAGGAACCAGGACGAUUUUGACGAGUUUGGAGAGCCGGACGAUCUGUACGAGUCGCUGCCGCUGGAGAAGAUGGAUGCUCUCGAGUCGCUUGAGUCGGUGCCCAUCGUGCCACAGGCCAUUGUGGUGAAGGAGAAGGCUGCUGUCGCCGCUGCCUCGGGUCUCGCCCUGCCCAAAUCCAUCCUCACUGCGUCCUCGCUUCCGAAAUCGGGACCAGCGGGAACACUCGCGCAUCCCUCACCCCCAUCUGUCUCAUCCGACACAUCUGACUCGAUCUGCAGAUCUUGGGCCAUCCAAUGGGACGGCAGGAACAGUGUCUUCAGGCUCGGCAGGAGGUCCAUCACUUCUCCACCUCCCCCGUUUGCCGUUUCUGGGGCUGCCGCACCUGCCGCUGCCGGGCCUCCAGGUUCGGCCGUACCUAGCUACUCCCACGCUGCAGCUGGAGGGGUGCAGCAGCAAGCAGGCGAAGCAGCAGCAGCAGCAGCAGCAGCAGCAGGGGCAGGGCUGCUGCCUGGAGUCGGGGUGGCUGCCGGUCAAUCUAUCCCUGGGAGUAUCAACGGGGCUGUGGUUGGUGUUAAUGGCACUAAUGGCGUGGCAACAAGGCCUCCCUUGCUCUCCGUGGGUUCCUCUCCCGUCCCUCCCUCUACCCUUGCUUCUGGUCCUACACAAUCCAGUGCAGUGAUGUCCACCGGCCUUGCUCCGGGCGGCCUCGUUCGUCCGUUUGCAGCUGCAGCAGGUGGGGCACCAGGUGCCUCGUCAGGUGCUGCUGAUGCCACAGCUUCAGCAACGGCAAAUCCAGGCGCGUCCAUCCUUUCAUCCGGCCUUCCCGGAGCAGCAGGCUCGGCGGCAGGCCUCGGAGUAGGCUCGGUGGGAGGCUUGGCACCGCCUGGUUCGGCAGGCGCAGGGAUGAUGAUGCCAGGCGUAGGCGGCGUGGGAGGGGUGGGGCAGGGAGGGGUGGGAGCAGGGCUGGGGGCAGCUGCAGCGAAUGUGCUGAGUGCGCAGCAGAGGAUGUUCAAUGCGGUGGGAGCACAGUGGAGACCAGGGCUUCCCAGUUCAGCUGCUUUCCAGCAGCUGCAGGGAGGCGUGGCUGCUGCUGACGGCACUGGGGGGUUGUCUUCUCUGCCUGCAGGGGUCCGCUUCCCUCCUGGGCCCAAGGACUCGGAACGACCCAGGGCCUACAUUCCGCGAAACCCUGCAAUCACGCCUGCCAGCUAUCCCCAGGCGCCAGCAGCAGUGCUGGAGCACCCAGGGCUGUGGGAGCGGCUGGACAUGGACGUUCUCUUCUUCGCCUUCUACCACCAGCAGGGAACGUUCCAGCAGUACCUAGCUGCUAGGGAGCUGAAGAAGCAGUCGUGGCGCUACCACAAAAAGUACAACACGUGGUUCCAGCGGCACGAGGAGCCCAAGCUCACCACCGACGAUUACGAGCAGGGCACCUAUGUGUACUUUGACUUUCACAUCGUGCAUGACGACUACCAGACCGGAUGGUGUCAGCGGAUUAAGACGGAGUUCACAUUUGAGUACAGCUACUUGGAGGAUGAGCUGCCAGCUGCGUAA